AUGGAGCAGCAACAGCAGCAGAUUCAGCAUUUUUUCCAUCUGGAGCAUCCCUUGGUCUUCAAUCCAGACGACAGAAGAGGAUAUUACUGUUAUGGGUGCGGGGAAGUAGUAUAUGGUCCUAGCUAUAGUUGUAAAGAAUGCUUGAGUGAGUACACCGCCAUUCAUCAUAAAUCAUGUGCGGAGCUACCCCUUGGGUUGCACCAUCCCUUGCACCCAAUCCAUCCUCUUAUUCUCUCUCCUGAACAGAUAGAUUAUGGCAAAAACAUACAAUUUAGCAAAUGCGUACUCUGCAAUGAAUCUCGCAACCAAUACACUUAUCGGUGUUCCCGCUGCGACUUUAGUCUUCACUUCAAAUGCGAUUCUUUACCUCCCACCAUGGAGGCUGAAGUCCACGAACACCCUUUGACCCCUGUUUGGAAGUGGAUCACCUUCACAUGUGACCUUUGUGGCGUAGAAGACAAAGGUUUGCCCUUUCUGUGUAAUUCAUGUUGUUUCUUGAUUCAUAGAAAAUGUGCUUCUUUCCCAAGAACACUCAAAGUUAUUCGUCAUAGGCACCUCCUCCACCUCACCCAUUCUUCUCUUGAAUUCCAUCCAUCCGACUCUCGAUUUUGUCAAAUCUGUGUUGAAAAGGUGGAUACACACUAUGGGCUUUACUAUUGCUCCAGAUGUGAUUUUGCUGCCCACCUUGAUUGUGCUAUGGGAAACAAGGAGAACAUAAAUUUGCAAGAAUUUCAAGAUGAGGAUGAAGUUUCAGAGCACGAUGAAUUGGUUGACUCAGCAACUUACGAAGUCAAAAAAUUCAAUGUGGGGAAGGACGGAAUUCAAAUAGCUGCAGAAUUAAAACACUUCAGUCAUGACCAUGACUUAAAGCUUACUGAUGAGGUUAUGAGUAACCAGAAAUGCGAUGGCUGUUUCAGGGAUGAUGAACACACUGGAACUAAAAGGCAUACUACUGGUAUCUCUUAUCAGAUAUUAUCAAACUACAGCUGAUCAGAGAUUAUUAAGAGGGUGUCCAUAUUCAUGUGUAAAAAGGGCCCCUCAUGCUUUGCUUCUACUGGAAGUGCUAGGGAGUCUACACAAGGUUGGUUAAUUCUCUUAUUUUUUCCAUUCCUUGUGAGCUUGUAUGUUGUUAAGAGUAUUCAUUCUAGGCCCACUUCCCCAAUAGCUUAUGCUAUAUGUACUCAAUUGUACUAUUAUACUACCAGCUGUACUAUACUUCUGUACCUCUAUACUAUCCUAACUAGGUUGAGAGCUUAUCUAAAGGUUGCUCUUGUGAAUAGUGCCAAGGCAGCUCAUGGUUGAAUUAUAUUGUCUCAAACAAGAGCUAGGGCAAUCUAUUGAUGAAUUUUUUUUCCACACUUGCAAUAUCUGUGGGAUCAAAUUUCACUGUAUGAACCAACAUGGAUUAUGCAUGCAAUGCCCAAAAUUUCGUGAAUAUCGGGAUCAACUGAACAAGUUUUCUCCUUUGCCUUCAAUUGAAAAAGUUUUCAAGGAGCUUGUUCAAGAGGUAACAUUUACAAGUCUUACUAUCUCGGCCAGUCGGCCUUUUAACACAAUCUUGGCCACAUCAUCCCUUGAUCCGCCUUCAGCAUCUGCAAUUUGUGAGAAUGAGCACUAUGAUUGCCUUGGCCCUCGGCGAUCUAACUCUAAAUGUGAUCAUUCUCACUUCUGCACCUUCUGUAGGAUUCGAUGCCAUUUUAUUGAAUACUGUCAAAAGCAUGCUUGUGUCACUCAAUCCUCAGCUUCCAUGGCCAACAUCAACAGCAUACAGUUGCAUCCUCCAACCCCAUCACCCAACACCAGUAGUUUUGGCAAGUCUUCCAACUCAUGUUUACAUUAACGGCAGUUGACCUAAAGACUCUUAUCAAUAACAUUUUGUCUGUAAGUUAAAGCCAAGUUUGAGAACAAUCAAUACCGAAAGCCAAAGAAGCAACCCAAAAAUUCAACCCAACAUGUUGAUUGGUUUUAACAUUUGGAUGGUGAUGUUUGUAUGCAGCUUCAAACUCAUGUGGCCAAUCACACCCAGAUUAUUGGAGAAAAUGGAAGCUGAUACUGCUUAUAGAUGCCUCCAAUCAUCUAUGUGAAUAGUGAAUGUUGGUGAUGUCAAUUUAACUCAUCAUCUAUCUGACUCGCUGCUUGGAGAUGCCUUCUUGUAAAGUGCAUGUACAUUGAAAAACAAUCUUGGGAAAUAAUUAUUCUGCCAAGGAGAUGUGUAAAAUCCUUUUUCUUCCCUCCACUCCCCGCCCCUUGGGCAUGCGAGGAAGGGGGAGGGGGGUUGUUGGAUUUAUGUCAAUGGCAUGUGUAUGUAGUUGGAAGUUCGCAUUUCAUUUUUGUUAUUGUUACAGAAUCUAUCAUAUUUUUCUAAAUGAAGUUCAGUUAGUAAAAAUUGAUGUGUAUCAA